AGAGGAGAGUUGGCCUCUGUAGAUACCUGCCUAGUUCAAGCCUCCUUUCCCUAAUAGGAAAUAGCUUAGACAGCAGCUUCUUCAUUUUCUUCACCUUCUCCCUUUCAGCCAACCUUCCCAUCCCAUAUAGAAUAACAUUUAUUUGAGCAAAUUGCAAGGGCGCAGUGGGUAGGGCUAUAACAGAAGAACCUUCUUAUUCAAAGUUUCUUAGGGGAACUUGUUCUACUCUACUUGAGUGGACUUACACGAUUUUCGUGUCUACUUGUUUAUAAGCCAAGAUUUAUGCCUUUUCAAGUCCGUAUUCCUACUUCUACCUAACCAGAAGGAGAGGUUUGCAAAGCCUUAAGAGCUUAAUGUCGGGACAAAGUUGAAGGCAAGGGCCUUUCUUCCUGGCUGUGCAAGCGCUGACUUGGUUCUACACUGUAGGAUUUUGUGAAGUUGGACCAAAGGAGUUUUUGUGAAGUUACAACAAGAAGAAGCAAUCAUGCCUGCGGAAGCGGGAAAAACAGAUAUGGAAAGGAUUGGCCUCUUCAGUGAGAUGGAAUACGUAACUGUGGGUGAUAGAUAUGUGUCGCUGUUCAAUCGACCCUUUAAUGAGGCUGCAGGCAAAAAUAGACAGAUGCUACCUGGAGGAUCCAAAGAAAUGUCAGGUCUCCAGGCAGGAUACUUUGAUACCCAGUUUACAAGGAUUUUUGAAGGGGAAGGCUACACAAAUCCAAAUCAGCUGAGGAGACAGCUUAUGAUGGCAGAAUCCAAAAAGAAUUUAAGCAAAGCCUUCAUCCCCAGUAAUGGAGAUAAAAAGCCAAGCGGAUUAGGAAGCUAUUAUGGAACAAUUGGUGGCCCUGUACCAUUCUUCAGUGCGCAGUUAAAACCUAAGGACAGGUAUCAGUCACCGGGAAAGAAUUUAUAUACCAACCCAGGAAAAAAAGGAACUGGAUAUGGCUAUGCCAAUGUUACCAUAGGCAAGCAGCUUGCGCACUCUGAAGACUUAUAUGAUGCAGCGAAACUGAAUAUCAAGAAAGAGAAUGAAGAACACCAUAAGUUACUCAAAGGGUCACCUUUCAAGUUAAAUCUUCACCCAAAGGACUAUUUUGAUAAUAACCCAUAUUUCACAGAACAACCCCUUCCUCCACUUAAGAAAGAAGAAAAGAAGGAAUUCACUUUAAGUCCCUUUAAGCCUCCUUCUCCUGGUAAAAAGGCUGGUGGAAUGAAGGCAGGGACAUUUGAACCUUACCCGGCACACUCAGCUGACCCUUAUACAGUUAAACUGGGAGUGGUGGUGCCUGGAAAAGGAGAAAGGAUUUUCCAUCCACCAAAUGGACCAAAAAGCAGACCCAUGGAAAGUAUAAUGGCACGGAACGUCAAAAGGGCACUAAAUAUGAAGAACUACAAGACCGCCUCGGCAGACAUACUAAAGCAUUUGGUUUUCUAGAACUCACUAGAACACACAAAGUUAUGGAACACAUGGGUCCACGGCAUUUAAAAGAGAUUUAAACAUGAAGCUCAACUCUAACAUCCUUCCUGAUUUUAAUGCUGUUUAAUAAAUAGUGUUGGCUAAUGAA